UCACAGAGCUCAGAGUCAGCUGGAGCUGAAGGAAAACAACACUUUUCUUUAUCUCUCGGGGAUUUCUCUGACCUCCCACCUUUAGGUCACAGCUUUCAUUCUGUGCACAGCUUCGUUUGGGUUAUUUUUUAAAAAAAACAUAUCUCUCUCGAGGAAGCGAGGAUGUAGAGUUUGUGUCGGAGGUAUUUUUUUUCCCCAAUAGGUGACGGCGGCAGCAGCGGCCGCUCCAUCCGCUCCAUCCGCUCCAUCACCCCGGCUCCGUGCGUGUCCGCUUCCCGGGACCGGCUCCGGCUGCCACCGCGCGCCGUGCGGUGAAUGAGUGAGCCCCGCCGGGCUGCGAGCCUGUUGCUGCCGGGCGGGCCGAUGCUAGGACGGCGGGGGACGGAGGGGGACGCAGCGCCGCGCCGGGUCGGAGCGGAGAUGUCCGUGCGGGGAUGCCUCUUCCUGGACACUGCGCUGCUGUAGUCGAGUGUGCACGGCGUGCCUCCUCCCACCUAACCUGCGGCGACUCAUAUAUGGAUGGUGGGGUCGCAGCAUGCCCACCCCCUCAACUACCAACACCGCCACGCCGCCGGGAGGGAGCUCCGGUGGGGCCGGAGGAGGAGGAGAAGAGGGGCCCGUGUCUGGCUCCUCCAGCGCCCCCGUCGAGCCCUCCUCGUUCCGCUUCGUCCCAGCCUUCUGCCUGGGCGUGGUGGCGGCCGUAGUGUUUCAGCUGGCCUGGGGCGGCCUGACCCUCACCUCCUUCUUCCUCAAGCUCUUCAUCUACGUGUCCUUCGCCCUGCUGUGCGUCCUGGCCGGGAGCUUCGUCCUGCUGGUCCGGAAGAGUCCCGUGAAAGUCAGCUGCUUCGACCGGAGCAGGAGGCACUCCGCCGUGCUGCUGGACUUCUUCAGCAAGCUGAUGGGCCGCUUCGUGGCGCCGCCUCAGGAGUCCAGCCAGGGACGGAGGGUGGUGGUGUCGCACAACGUGGAUAAAGCCCUGAAGGAAGUGUUCGACUACGCCUACCGAGACUACAUCCUGUCCUGGUACACCCCCCUGAGCCACGAUAAGGGCCAGCUGUACUCCAUGCUGUCGGAGGACUGGUGGCAGGUGAUCGGGCGGCUGCGGUCCCGGCUCGCCAACAUCGACCUGGUCAACGUGGUGUGCUACGACAGCAUCCGAAUCCUGCACACACACUUCACUGACCUCAAGGCUGCGUCUGCCAGGCCCGAGGAGUGCAGCCGGCCGUUUCCCCUCCACCCCUGUUUGAUGAGCCCGGACUCAGAGCUGGCCUUCCUCCGCUGCGUGGCCAGAAUCCUGCUGCUAUGUCUGCUGCCUCAGAAGGACGCCAAGUCACCCACGCUGCGCUGCUGCCUGACGGAGGUCAUCACCACCAAAGUUCUGAAGCCUCUGGUGGAGGUGCUCAGUGACCCGGACUCCAUCAACAGGAUGCUGCUGUCUCAGCUGGAGCAGCGGGAGCAGCAGGCCGAGCAGCAGAAGAAAGCCUACACCUACGCUGCCUCCUACGAAGAUUUCAUCAAGCUAAUAUCAACCUCUGCUGAUGUCAAUUUCCUCAAACAACUCAGGUAUCAGAUCGUGGUAGAGAUCAUUCACGCCACCACCAUCAGCAGCCUGCCGCAGCUCAAGAAGCAGAAAGAGCGAAAAGGUAAAGAGUCGGCAGCGAUGAAGGCCGACCUGCUGAGAGCCAGAGACAUGAAACGAUACAUCAAUCAGCUGACCGUCGCUAAGAAACAAUGCGAGAAGCGCAUUCGCCUGUUGGGCGGACCGAACUACGAGAACAACGAGGAGGGAGGAGCCGAGGACGGCGACGAGCCUCAAAGCCAGAAGAUUCUCCAGUUCGACGACAUUCUGUGUAAUCCGGGUUACAGGGAGCACUUCAGAGUUUACAUGGAGAGGGUUGAUAAGAGGGCUCUGAUAAGCUUCUGGGAACUGGUGGAAACACUUAAAACUGCCAAUAAGAACGAAGUGCCCCAGAUCGUCGGGGAAAUCUACCAAAAGUUCUUUGUGGAAAGCCGAGAGAUCCCGGUGGAGAAGGUUCUCCUGAAGGAGAUCCAGCAGAGCCUGGUGGGGAACAGAGGGACGCAGGUCUUCGUUAGAAUACAAGAACAGGUGGCUGACACCAUGAGAGAGCGAUACUACCCCUCCUUCCUCGUUUCUGACCUCUAUGAUCGGCUGAUCAGGAGAGACGAGCAGCACAGCCAAUCACAAUGUAGCACGGAGGAAAAAGAGGAAGGGUGCCAGGGUCUGGAUGCAGGAGAGGAGGUCUGCGAUGAAGGCAGUAAAGGAAUCAACGAACAAGCCAGCUACGCUGCCACCAAGCUCCGGCAGCUCUUCGACAAGCUGGAGUACAAACGGCAGGCGCUGGGCUCCAUCCAGAACGCUCCCAAGCCUGACAAGAAGAUCGUGAGCAAGCUAAAAGAGGAAAUCGGAGCCAUGGAGAAGGAGCACAGCGAGCUGCAGCAGCACAUCACCAGGACCGACUGGUGGUGUGAGAACCUGGGGCACUGGAGGGCGGCCAUCACCACAGCCGAGGCUGCUGAGGAAGGCGGUGAGACCAUGGCUUCGUACUGCAUCAGCGUCAGCCUGGUGGAAGGAGAGGAGACCACCAACAGCCGCUGGAGCGUCCACAGGAAGCUGACGGAGUUCCAGAUGCUGCACAGGAAGCUGACGGAGUGCUUUCCUUCACUGAAGAAACACCAGCUGCCGUCUCUCAGUAAACUCCCCUUCAAAUCCAUCGACCAGAAGUUCUUAGACAAGAGCAAGACUCAGCUCAAUGCCUUCCUCCAGCGUCUGCUGACAGAUGAGCGGCUGUGCCAGUCCGAGGCGCUCUACGCCUUCCUCAGCCCGUCUCCAGAACACCUCAAGGUGAUGUCCAUCCAGAAGAAGUCGUCCUUCUCGCUGGCCUCCUUCCUGGAGAGGUUACCCGGAGACUUCUUCUCCCACACCGAGGAGGACGGAGACGACGACAGCGACCUGUCGGACUACGGCGACGAGGUGGACGGCAGGAAGGACGCGCUGGCCGAACCCUGCUUCAUGCUCAUCGGGGAGAUCUUUGAACUCAGAGGAAUGUUUAAGUGGGUGAGGAAGACUCUAAUUGCACUAGUCCAGGUGACAUUUGGACGAACUAUCAACAAACAGAUCCGGGACACUGUAAACUGGAUCUUCUGUGAGCAGAUGUUGGUCUGUUACAUCAGUGUGUUCAGGGACGCCUUCUGGCCCGACGGGAAGCUGGCCCCGCACGUCAAGGUUCGAACCGAGUCCGAGCGGACCGAGACGAAGGAGCGGGCUCAGCAGAAGCUGCUGGACAAUGUCCCAGACGCUCUGACGAAUCUGGUGGGCCAGCAGAACGCUCGCUACGGGAUCAUCAAGAUCUUCAACGCUCUGCAGGAGGCUAGUGCCAACAAACACCUACUCUAUAUUUUGAUGGAAAUGUUACUAAAAGAAGUGUGUCCCGAGCUGAGGGCGGCGGUGGACAACAUGUGAACACUCAGUCUCCACGGAUUCAUCUUUCAGGCCUUUCUGUAGCCGACCAAUCACAAACUGCGAAGCCGGAGGAGGAGAAGGGUCGGAAGGGGCGGCGGGGAGCCGGCCCGGCUGCGGCCCCAGAGGGGCCGUGGUUUGUUGUGGUGCAGAUCUGAACCUGGAGCUUCCUCUCCAGACCGUCUCACUCUCAAACGAACAAACUCGCUGUCGUUUCAACAUCACGGAAACGUCAGAUCUGGACCAGAACAAACUGAGAGCAAAUCUCUCGUUCUGGCCUGAGUGGUGGCCGUCUGCUAAAACAACUUGAUUGUUGGGGACGAUAAUUUGUAGAGCGGAUAAUCCACAGACCUCGUUUCAAUCCAGCAGAGGCCGUUGAUUUGUGUCUGUAGGUUUGGGACCUCUGAACAUUCCUUCUACACACAACCUGAGCAGCAACAUUUGUGUUCUGUGAUUCUCGUUUCAAGCUUAUAAUUGUGCAAUAUAAUGUCAUGUAAAAGUAAUGGUGACGAUUUUAUUUAUGAUUAUUAUUGAUAGAUUUUAUUUUUACCAAAAAUUGUUUAGGAAGCGUUUAUAUAAGCAAUAAAAUGCAAACAAAACAUU